AUGUUUGUAGCUCGGCCACCUGUCGAGGACCUUAACUCUAAGCCAAAGAGGGCUAGGAUAGAGAUCCAACUAGCAUUGAGUUUCUUGGAUGAGGAUAAGGUUGGAACCAUACAACCAUAUGAUGAUGUCUUGGUGGUCACCCUUAGGAUAGGGGGGUAUGAUGUGAAGAGGGUGUUGGUGGAUCAAGAUAGCGGGGCAAAGAUUUUGUACAUUGAUUUGUACAAAGGGCUAAACUUGAAUCUUGAGGAUUUGACAGCUUAUGAUUUACCUUUGUUAGGCUUUGAUGGGAAAGUUGUUGUUCCAAGGGGUCAGAUUAGACUACCUGUGCAAGUAGGUUUAAAAGUGGUAGAGGCGGACUUCAUUAUGGUGGAUGCUUAUUCUUCUUACACAACUAUUAUGGUCAGACCCUGGCUUUAUGACCUAGGAGCCGUUUCUUCCACUUUGCAUUUGAAAAUGACAUAUCCGUCUAGGGACCAAAUUAAGGAGCUGGUUGGAAGCCAGUCCGUGACUAGGCAAUGCUUGGUGGCUGCAAUAAUGCAUCAGCCCGAAGUUAAGUCCUCGGCCUCUGUUGAGAGGGGUUUAUAG